GAGUUUUCGUACGAGGUCGGGGCGGACCCUGUGACCCCUAGCAUGCAGGAAGCCUACAAGAAAAACGGCUAUGUUAUCAUAAGGAACGUACUGAACGAAACCGAAAUGAGAAAACUGCGAAGAACAAUGGAAUGCGAAGGAAUACAGAAGCACGCCUACAUCACGGCGGACGGGGAAGCCAGGCAGUCCGGCUUGGUUAUCUGGUUCACUGUCGACAACGAUGUGCCCAGCGCGGUGGCCAGCUCCGAGAAGGUCGCCGGGGUCAUGGAGAGGCUGAUGGGAGACGAGGAGGUGUACCACUUCAGCAGCAAGCUCAUCAUGAAGCACCCUGGCUCCCGCGGCGCCUUCACCUGGCACCAAGACUAUGGGUACUUCUACACCUGGGGCUACAUCUACCCAGACAGUGCCUCGGUAUUCAUCGCUUUGGACGAAUGCACGAAGGAGACAGGCUGCCUGCAGGUCAUCAAGGGCUCUCAUCACUUGGGGAGGAUUAACCACUUCGUUGCGGGGAAAAUGCUCCAGGCAGAUCCGGAAAUUGUGGCCGAGGCUAAAAACGUUUAGAAGUCGUCGACGUCGAAAUGAAACCUGGUGACGCCAUAUACUUCAGCGGAAACCUCCUCCAUUGCUCUCUUCCCAACGUUUCCAACAAGCCUCGCUGGUCCUACGUCAUCGCUUACAACCA